UAGAGAUGGAGGCCGAGGUGGAUGUGGCGAUUCUGGUUAUGGUGGAAGAGAUGGUGGAAGGGGAGUUUGGUCGUUUUCUGCUUCUGCUUCCAGCAGGCCAGACAAAGGUGGUGGUCGUGGCUAUGGUUUCGAGUCACGUUAUAGGUUUGGCAGUGGCCAAGAUGGAUAUGAGAGAGCUAGAAGUCGCAGUCCCAAGGGAUCGGGUGCCCGGGUUGAUCGUGCUAGUAACUGGAGUCGUGACCGCAGCCGUAGCCCUCAUAAAUCUGAACAUGACAGGACUCGUUCCCCAGUUCGCAGCUUCCACCAAGCAAUGAUGGAGAGAAGCCAAUCUCAUCGCCCAGGUGCAUCUUCCUUCCACAGUGAGAAAACAAGAGAGAAUUCACGGAGUCUGCGACGUGCAAGAUCUCCUUCGCCCCGUGGGAAGGAUAACGA